AUGAUACCCACCCAGCCGCAGGCGUCCAAACGGAAAGCCACUGACGAUGCGAACCCCCUCGCGGCCACCGCAGGCAAGAAACUCAAACGAGAGGUGUUGAACGGGGAGGAACAACCAGGAGGACUGGUGAUCGUACGCGCUCCUGCGCCUACAAAGAACUCUCUGCACAUUGAACCUGUCCCGGCAGAGCCCCGCGCACCCUCCCGCCAAGCUUCGGCCCAGCCGCAGUCCCUAUCGCAACCGCAACCGCAACCGCAAUCGUCAAGGCCAGCUGCCAAGAAGCUCCGCGCAGAUGGCUCCUCAAGAGCAGUGGGGAAGGCGAAGGACCGAGACGUAUAUGCGACAACCCGGGCAGAUCCUGAGGUCGACGAGGAUGUGCGGCAGAUGCAGUCCGAGACGGACACGCUACGACGAAAGUCGCAAGCAGCAGAACAGGCGGCCAGCUCGCUGAGCGCUGAUGUCCAGUUUCCACCGCGAACACCACGGCUCCCAAGUUCGUCGUCUCGGCGUGAUGUUGAUACCGUGGCUCCCUUAGCGCAGCAGGAGACACCGCAAAUCGAGAAGAACAAGGUCAUGCGAGGGGAGACGGGCCACCGGCGGAGAUCCUCGAUCAGUCGAGGUAAGCGCGCCAGUUCUAGUUAUGAGGCUACUGGCGUAAUCUCCCAUCCGCAUACGUCCGUGUCCGUCUCGAGUUUCUUCAAGCACAUCGACUAUGAGCUCCCUGAGCCUCAGCGAGCGCGCCAACUAUUAAUAUGGUGUUCAAACCGCGCCAUGAACGAACUCGCCGACCAGGCGCCGCAAGCAUCGACAUCAAGACGAACGUCCACGAACUCCGGCAAGGAUCCUCCACCUCUUUCCACGGCACAGGCGGGCGUGUUAAAGCGGACGCAGGAGAACCUGAUGCGGAUGUUAGCAGAGAAGAAGGUGGACACGAACGUGUACGGCGGAGCGGGGUCUCAGAACGGCGAUGCGCAGCGUCCGUUGAGAGAGAACGAGCAGAACAUCAAGAACAGGGCACGAGAGGCGAGGUUUAAUGCUCACAUACAACGGUCAAAGCAGGAGGCUGAGGCCUGGAAGGAGCUGUCGGACUCGUACGACUCGCACAGGAAGUCAGUUCAGGCCGAGAUGGAGAAGCGAAGACGGGCAUUGGCUACCGCGAAGUCAAAGGGCAAGGAGCGCGCGUCUGCGGAGGAUUUGGAUGACUGGGAUGUGGAGAGACGAGACUUGCCGGAGCAGUUCCUGUCGAGCGGGAGUGUGGACGUGGCGCGGAAACUUGUCUUUGAGAACGCCUCCAGGUCCACUCCUUUGCACAAUCGGUUAAAGGAGCUUGAACACACAGUAGAUCGACUGCAUACAUUCGCCAAUUCGGCACUGCAGACGACCCGUGUCUCCGAAGCAGAUCUCGAUCGUCGCUUUGCGCUCCUCAAUCUCUCCCUCGCAUCGCGCUCACAACCAGCCCUCUCAUCCACCCAUGCCGACACAACUGCCCUUUCUUCGUAUAUCCUACCUUUGCAUCCGCGCCCGCCACCGACAGAUCCCCAGGACCUCCUACGCGCUCUGUCCAGGAUUGAUGCCGACCGGCCACAGACACAAGUGGGCGACGCGGCCCGUCGCGCUGUACGCGAGGUCCAGCGUGUGGCCGAUGCAACUGCCGGUAUGGCAGAGCGGCGGCUAACAGGUGUACCUCCACCGACCCCGCGCAAGCCUCCGGGAACGCCCCGACGGGCGACGACCCCCGGCAAAGGACGAUGACGACCGUACACCUGCUUCUUAUGCCCCCUUCCACUAGUAGCGUAGUAGACCCCUGCUUCUUUAUCCAUCCUGCUAUUCGUUCCUCUCCGUCCGCCCGUCAUAUCGUUUUGUGCCGUGUUCUGUUCUUCGUUGCUGUGCCUGGCUGCUGCCGCUGCUUCCAUCUCUUUCUCAACUUAUACCCGGGCUCGUCCGGUGUGUGUCUCUGUAGUUAUGAGCGUGGACGGGUCACUGGAACCUGCCGUUCGUUAGGAAUGGAGGUUGUAGAGAUGUAUGUAUCCUGUAUUGGUUAAU